AUGACUUCACCAAAAUCAUCAACUACGCGUCGCGUCUUGGGGGAUCUCAAUAUCAAUAUCAAUACUUCAGUCACUGAUAGCAAUCAUGCAUCAUACCUUUGGCGAGAAACGAUUCCUGAAUGGCUAUGGCCAGAUAACAAGAUUCAGAAAGUAUCGUCUAGUAACCACCCCGGAAAAGUUCCAAACGACCCCUCGCAAGUGGCGGGACCGUCGACAACGACUUUACAGCGGGAAAAUUGGAAGGAGACGAACACGAGUACGGAUUCCCGAGUUGCAAAUAUGGAAAAAGCAACGAAUAAAGAUAACGUUCAUCAAGGCUUGGAGGCUACCACAAUCCACGGCGUUGACGUUUCAAUUGCUGAGCGGGCCUCCUUGGCUAACACAAAGAGACGCUUGUCAUGUACUGUACAAUCACAAGAUGUUGUAUCGAGUCGACCGGGAGCAUCCGGUGCGAAGCGAUGCAGAAUUGCACCAUCAUCGGGAAACUCUUCGCUGCUUGAAGGGUCUGGCGCAGGUGUGAGUUCACUCCCGCAAUCUACGUCGUUACAACCCACCUCGUCACCAGCCAGAGCAGGCCCCGAGGCGAAGGCGUGUGAUGAGAGAGUUGGAAUAACAGAUGAGUCGAGUGAUUUGGGGAAUGGCCAAGAACAAAAGUCAUCAAGGUCACCUCAGAAGCAGUCUUCCCCAAAUCGCUCUUCCACAUCUGUUUCUUCGUCAUCAUCUUUCCCUUCCAUAGUAAACGCAAAAGACGCAGUUAUCAUCAGCAAUAAUUCCCAAUCGACCGAAACUAUCAUAUCCAACGAAUCAUCUUUCAUACCCACUACUAUAUCCACGUCAAAGACCUUCCGAACCUCAAAAUCAAAAUCUCUAUCACGAGAAGAAAUUCGUCAAAAAUCCCAAGAGUUACGUCUCCGUCUUUCCCUCGCAAACUAUAAAGUAAAAACAAACCAAAUCGACCUUCCUCUUUCACGUCUACAAGUGCGUUCUACAUCACCAAAACUUCCUUCUCUUGCUCGUCUUCGCAGAUAUUCUUAUGGGAAGAGGAUGGGACGAACACCACUUCCUGGUGCGCCUAGUACGAAUACAGGAAGAGAAGCAGUUCCAGCUAUUAAUAUACAAGCUCCUGCUUCUGCGAAUAAGAAUGCAUGUGUUUUUGUCCGAGAGAAAAGAGGGGAGAGAGAGGAUGGUGAUGAGAAUAUCAAUAUUUCUUCUAGUCCUCCUUUAUCCGGAAGAGAACCGGAUUCAUUAUCGAGAAGAGAUUCUGCUAUUUCCUGCACUUCUUUUGGCUCCAAUUCAAAUCCGAAUUCGAAUUUUGGUUCGAGCUCAGGCUUGGGUCAUGCACAUCCUCUUGCUCCCAUUCCCAAUACCACUUCCAAAUCCAACCCCAAAUCCAAAGAAACAGACACAAAAAUGAUAAUCAACUUCGAACAAGAAGUCGCAAGAAGAAAAUACGAAAUGAUCGGUGGUCAGGAAAAUACCCAGAUAAGAACCCCGAUUUUAGAAAGACAAAAAAUAGGACUUGCAAAUCCACCGAUAUUUUUUGCGCAGCCGGAUGAGGAGAGGAGUGUGUGUGAAAGGGGGAUAAGCCCGGAGUUAUCAAGGAAAGCGGCGGAUGGAUUGGUGAGGUUGAAAUUAUUGAGAUAG